AGAUGUCAGUUGGCCAGAAAAAAGACGAAGAAUAAGAAGCGUGUUUGUUCGGUCGGUCGACUGUUGUUUCGUCGUGUCUGCGAGUGUUGCAUUAUACUUAUUUAUUGAGGGUUUUGUACGUAUUUUUCCCAAUAAUUCCAUCGUGAUUGUUCCAGCUUAAUUUGCCAAGAUGUCUUUCAUUGCCAAAACCAUGUUCCGCAACAUUCCGCAGCUGGCGAAAGUAGCAAAGGCCGGAACAAUCCAACGGAAUUUCAUCCAUACCGCAAGGUCCCUUUGCGUCGCUCAAGUCCAGAAACCGGCGCCGGCAUUUAGCGGAACAGCUGUUGUCAACAACGAUUUCAAGGACAUCAAGCUGGAUGACUUCAAGGGAAAGUAUCUGGUCCUGUUCUUCUAUCCGUUGGACUUCACUUUUGUUUGCCCAACGGAGAUCAUCGCAUUCAGCGAUAGGAUUCAGGAGUUCCGGGACCUGAACACCGAAGUGGUCGGCGUAUCGGUGGAUUCGCAUUUUUCGCAUUUAGCUUGGGUUAACACCCCUCGUAAGCAGGGAGGCCUCGGAAAGAUGGAAUAUCCGCUGCUGGCCGAUUUGACCAAGAAGAUCUCCGCCGAUUACGGUGUGCUGCUGGAGGAAGCAGGAAUCUCGCUGCGGGGUUUGUUCAUUAUCGAUCCAAACGGAGUCGUUAGGCAAAUUACCAUCAACGAUCUGCCCGUGGGACGAUCCGUUGAUGAAACGUUGCGACUCAUUAAGGCGUUCCAGUUCGUGGAGAAGCACGGAGAGGUUUGUCCAGCCAAUUGGGACCCGAAAUCCAACGCCGAUACGAUCAAACCGGAUCCCAAGGGAUCCCAGACUUACUUCAGUAAGCAUGGAUAAAUGUCAUGUGUGAUUAAAUUCAUUAUAGCGCUCCAUUACAAUUUAAAUUCGA